AUGGCGUCCGUAGGCAGAGUAAAAAUUGCGACGGUGUCGAACGGCGCGCAGGUGUGGGUGGUGGAGUUCUUCCCGCUGGUGGCGGAGGGGCUGCAGCUGCCGCCGUCGUUCGGCGAGGUGUCGUUCGACCCGGAGGGCGUGCUACAGGGAGUCGUGUCCGACGACGUGUGCGCCUCGCAGCCCUGCCUGCACAACGCCACUUGCACCAACACUUGGAACGACUACACAUGUUUAUGCCCUCGUGGUUACAAAGGCAAGCAAUGUGCUGAAGUGGAGUUUUGUCAGUUACAAGGUUGUCCCCUCAAUUCACACUGUCGCAACCUUGAUGGCGGGUACGAGUGCGUGUCGAACGCGACGUUCGACGGCGUGAGCACGGCGCUAAGCUACCGGCUGCGCGCGCCGUCCGCCUUCCUGGCGCAAGAUGCCGCGCCCCGCCCGCCGUCGCCCGCCAGCCUCACCAUCACCUACAGGAGUAAGAGCGGCGGCACCCUAUUCCACGCGGAGCUAAACGAGUGGUGGUUCAGCGUGGGCGUGUACAAGGAGCAGGUGACGGUGCAGUGGCGUCUGGGCGGCGGGCUGCCGGCGUUGCGCCGCAUGCGCACGCGCCGCGACCACCUGCAGUGGGGCACACUGCGGCUGCGCCUGGCCGAUGGACAAGUGGCGGGUGCGUUCGUGGAGUCUGAGGGCGAAGAGGAGGUGGGAUUUACGGCGUCCAUCGAUGUGGAGGCUUGGCAACGCCUCAUGCUGGAGGGCGAGCUGCAGCUGGGUGGGUUGCGGCGGCCGCGCGGCGCUGCCACAGCCACCACCGCUGCCACUGCCACCAGCGUUGCAACUGCCGCCGCCACCAGCUCCACGCUAGCUGCCGUGGAGAAUUCAACAGAGACUGUGUGGGAGUACUCAGAGGGCGAUGAUUUCAUCAGCGACAAUUUGUCGGGCGAGUACUUUAAGGGGUGCAUGGGCGCGGUGCACGUGGGCGAGCUGCUGCUGCCGUUCUUCAGCGAGGAGGAGCUGUUCGUGGGCGCCACCGCCUCGCUGCUUGCCAGGCAGCCCUACUACGCGCUGCUAUCGGGACGUCCAUGGGGUGCUUCCCAGGGUGUGGGCUGCGUGUUGUGCCUGGAGCAAGACUGCCAGCGCGGCGGACACUGCACCGACCUGCGCAGCUCCUACGCCUGCACUUGCCCGCCUGGAUACGCCGGCGAUUACUGCGAGAUCGACGUGGACGAAUGUGAAUCGAAUCAAUGUCAGAAUGGGGCGACGUGCAAGGACGGCGUAGCAAUGUACACUUGUAUCUGUCCGGAAGGCUUUGAAGGCGAACUGUGCUCGAUGGACGUGGACGAGUGCGUGUCGUCGCCGUGCGCCAACGGUGGCACGUGCAGCAACGUGGCGGGCGGGUUCGUGUGUACGUGCGCGGCCGAGUGGCGCGGCGCGCGCUGCCAGCUGCCGCGCGAGCGAACGUGCGCGCACGCGCCCUGCGCGCCCGCGCGCGCCGCCUGCAGGGACCAGCCGCCCGACCGGCCAACUGGUAACAACUACACGUGCGACUGCUUCGAGGGUUAUGAGGGCGUGCACUGCGAGUUCGCGUUCUGCGAGUUGGAGCCCUGCGUGCACGGCACCUGCGUCAUCGAUGCCAACCCGCCGCAGUGUGCGUGUGCUGAGGGCUACAGCGGGCGGCUGUGCGAGGCGGCGCGCGACGCGUGCGCGGACGCGGGCGCCGCCGCCUGCCUGCACGGCGGCCGCUGCCUCGACCGACGCGGACACUUCCUCUGUGACUGCACUAACACAGGUUGGACGGGUGCGCGCUGCGAGACUGACGUGGACGAGUGCGGUGCAGCGCUGGUCAACUGUGGGCCCGGUCGUUGCCGUAACUUGCCCGGCUCUUACACCUGCGAAUGUUCGCCGGGCUACUGCGGCGACGAAUGCAAGCUACCGGACCCGUGCUACGAGGUGGUAGUGCGUGACGAUGGCACGGAUGCUGCGGAUGUUGCGGACCCCGAUCUCCCGCAAAGCAACGCCACCGAACCGUCGGGUCCCUGCCAGAACGGGGCCCGCUGUGAGCAGCGCUGCUCCUCUCGAGUGGACUACGUGUGCCACUGUGUUGACGGCUGGGCUGGCAAAAACUGUACGCAGCAGGCGGUGGGCGGGGCGGCGGCUAGCGGUGGCGGGGCGGGCCAUGCGGCACUGGGCGCAGGACUGGCGCUGGCGGCACUGGCGUUGGCGGCGGCGGGCGGCGCGGCGCUGGCGGCGCAGGCGCGGCGCAAGCGUGCCACGCGCGGCACCUACUCGCCCUCGGGCCAGGAGUACUGCAACCCGCGCGCCGAGAUGAUGCACCACGCGCUCAAGCCGCCGCCCGAGGAGCGCCUCAUAUAG